UUGAUUUGCAGCUCCCGGGAAUGCAGGACGUGUUUUGCAGGUCGUGUUUUGCAGGUCGUGUUUCUUGUAGGAAUUUUCAAGCAGCUAUUUUAUAAGUAUGAACCAAUCCACAUAACGGCUAAAUCCUGCACAAUUUCGGUAUUUCGGAUUAAUGUGACUGUGUAUGGUUGCUUGAACCAAGUGAAGUUAUCAGCAGUUUACCAUCUGGUUUAUCAAUACUGUUUCUGCGUACAACUUAAUUCGUACGCAAUUUUUCCCAGGCUGGAGAAAGUGCAAAAAUGCUGACCGUCUAACCGACAUAAUAGACAUUCUUUAACCUUGCAAAUAGUUCAGUGGUGAUACUUUUUGCACCUGGCUGGCUCUAUGCUGGAAUACUCGUGCGGUUUUGAUAAACCCAGAGCAGUGUGAAAGGUUUCAGAGUUGUGACCACUGGUGCAGAAAAUCGAAAGGACAAAUACGCAGUCGGGGUGCCCCAGGGAUGUGUAGCUUCACAAAGUGUAAAGGCAAGUGAGAGAGAAUCAAGUGCGGUGGCGGGAAGUCAACCCCGAAGUGCUGCUUGUGGCAAGAAACCAGACUCAGAGCAACGUCUGGGCAAAGUGAAAUAUCAAAUUUUCCGUGUGUACAGUUUUAUGUUCGCUUCAGUGGAGCUUAAAUUGAGUUGGGCAUCCUUUGACUACCAGUUGCAAUAAAUUUGGGGAUCUGCUUUUUUUCUUCGUGGUUUGAAUCAACAGAUAUUGAAUUUCUUUGGCCGCCGUGAGGCUUAGUGCAAAUAUGAGAUAAGAGCAGCUUUUGUUAGCCUAUUUGGCUCCCUGCGAAGAGCGAACCGUAAAAAGCAUCCGCCAAUGCCUGCCAGGAAGGGGCUGUUGGCGCCCCAAAAUACGUUUCUGGAUACAAUAGCGACACGCUUUGACGGAACACAUUCCAACUUCGUUCUUGGCAACGCACAAGUUAGCGGAUAUCCGAUCGUGUAUUGUUCCGAUGGUUUCGUGGAGCUUUCAGGUUUUUCACGAGCGCAAAUUAUGCAGAAAGGUUGCGCUUGUCGGUUUCUCUAUGGCCCGGAGACGAAGGAAGAACAUAAAAGCCAAAUUGAAAGCAGUCUCGAUGGAAAAAAUGAGCUGAAGUUGGAGGUGAUAUUCUAUAAAAAGAAUGGUACGCCGUUUUGGUGUUUGCUGGAUAUCGUCCCCAUCAAAAACGAGAAGCGGGAAGUGGUGUUGUUUCUCGCCUCCCACAAGGAUGUUACCACCGCAAAGAUGUCGGAGAUGUCGAUGUCGGACGAGUGUGAUAGCGCUGCUUUAUUGGGAGCACGAUUUCGAUCAGCUGAAACCUCUUUGCUUGCAGACGAUGGGGCAGAGGAUGAGAGUUUGGAAAUACCCCCGGGAGUAAACAUGGGCCGACGACGGUCGCGUGCGGUUUUGUAUCAGCUGUCUGGUCAUUAUAAGCCGGAAAAAAUGAAGACUAAAAUUAAACUUAAUAGUAAUAUAUUACAUUCUAGCGAUGCCCCGCUACCUGAAUACAAAACGCAAGCCUUAAAGAAAUCACGUUUCAUAUUGUCACAUUACGGAAUGUUCAAGGGAUGCUGGGACUGGAUGAUUCUGGUGGCCACAUUUUACGUCGCCGUCGCAGUACCUUACAACGCCGCAUUUGUCAAAACUGAUCGUUUAACCAUGGCAUCCGAUGUUAUCGUUGAGGCAUUAUUUAUUGUUGAUAUUUUAGUAAACUUUCGCACCACGUACGUGUCCCGGAAGGGUGAGGUUGUAUCAGAUUCUAAAAGUAUAGCAGUUAACUAUCUAAGAGGUUGGUUCGUGGUUGAUCUGCUGGCUGCCCUGCCGUUUGAUCAUCUCUAUGCGAGUAACGUAAUCAGUGGGGAGGAAUCUCACAUUCAUUUAGUCAAAUUAACACGAUUGUUACGGCUGGCACGAUUGCUUCAAAAGAUGGAUAGAUAUUCGCAAUACACGGCUAUGAUUUUAACUUUGCUGAUGCUAUGCUUCUCUUUAGUUGCACACUGGCUGGCUUGCGUUUGGUUUGUGAUAGCAGAGAAAGAAAGACUCGUUAAUGAUGUUGACUGGGACAUUGGUUGGAUCCACACGUUGGCAGAACGGUUGAAAAUACCGGUAACGAACGUAACGCACGGUGAAGCGUACAUAACGUCGUUGUACUUCACGUUUACUAGUCUAACGUCGGUUGGCUUCGGCAACGUGUCACCCACAACUAUCAGCGAGAAAAUCUUCAGUAUCAUCAUGAUGCUGAUUGGUGCUCUCAUGCAUGCGGUGGUGUUCGGAAACGUGACAGCUAUUAUUCAAAGGAUGUAUUCACGUCGUUCGCUCUACCAGAGCAAGUGGCGUGAUUUGAAAGAUUUCAUCGCGCUGCACCAGAUGCCAAAAGAGCUGAAGCAGCGGAUGCAGGACUACUUUCAAACGAUGUGGUCACUGAAUCACGGAAUCGAUAUAUACGAGAUUCUUAAGGAAUUUCCAGAGGAGCUGAGAGGUGACAUUUCAAUGCAUCUACAUCGGGAGAUUUUACAGCUACCUAUAUUUGAAUCCGCGUCACAGGGCUGCUUGAAACUUCUAUCACUACAUAUCAAGGCGAAUUUCUGCGCGCCAGGCGAAUAUCUUAUUCAUAAAGGAGAUGCAUUGAGCUAUAUUUAUUACAUCUGCAACGGAUCCAUGGAAGUGAUGCAGAACAAUAUGGUAGUUGCUAUCUUAGGGAAAGGUGAUUUAGUUGGUUGUGAUAUAAGCAUACAUUUACUGCAUAGCAGUCAGGGGAACACCGGAAAUCAGGGCUCACAGGAUGCUAUUGUGAAGAGCAGUGGGGACGUAAAAGCCCUCACCUAUUGUGAUUUGAAAAGCAUACAUAUGAGUGGCCUGGUGGACGUUUUGCGCCUCUAUCCAGAGUACCAGCAGGAGUUCGCCAACGACAUCCAACACGAUCUCACAUACAAUUUGCGCGAAGGCUACGAAGCAGAGGAGGAAAUGGAAAACAACGCACCAUGCCUAGCGUUACCGUCCAUUAGUGAAGAUGACGAAAAUCAGUCGGAUGCGGAGUCCAACACAACAUCCCCGUUAAAUACAUCCUUAACUAAAUCUCCUGCCCACAACGCCACCGCUAGUCCUAGACAUGCGAAAUUAAUACAUAGCCGCAAUAAAUCUCUGGUGGCUCUGAGAGAGCGUGUCGAACGACAACGCUCGGUUCAGGUCACCACCAUGAAUCCGGUAACCGAGAGCAAUAAUUCCAUCGAGGGACUUAAUCUGGAACUACGUAGCAAAGAAAAGAUACACCCAGCCAGAGCAUCCGUUGAACGGUUAGAUACCCAGGUAACCACGCUUCACAACGAUGUUGCAGCAUUGAGUAUGGAGGUUCGAAAUGCGAUACAAGCCCUCCAGGAAAUGACCUACUCUACAAUUAACUCCCAAUUCGAUUUGGGGCACUUUCCUCCGGCACGAUCUAUACCCAACCUGCAGAAUGGUGCUAUUGGCAUUAUGCGGGAUACCGAAACUACAUUAGCUCGAAGCAGCUCUCAUCCCCCGGAAAUGUGGUGUAGAGAAAUGAAUGCGUUUGGCGAAGCUCUUCCUAGUCCCAAUGGAACUGAAACUUUCUCCGAAAACAUGUACAGACGAAAGUCUAUUAUGUCCCAAAAAUAUUCGGAGGAAAUGUCCUGUUCGACGCAGACUGAAAAUGUGAUUGAUUUUGAAACUUUAGAAAAAAUAGUUUUAGCGCAUCCCCAUCUAGUACUGAAGAUCUUAGGCAUCAAUACAGUGUUUAAUAAUGUUUCUGAACUGAAAACAUAUCCGUUGAAUACUAUUUCGGAAAUGGCCAAUUCUGGUGAGACAAUCGCACAUAAUGUGCACCAAUCAGAAGACUACAACAAUAAAUCAAACACCAACCAAUCACGUCAUGCGGAAAACCGUUUGAAAGAUUACCCACCAAUCACUUACAACUCUUUCGACGUUUAUGCUGAUGACGUUAAUAUUAAUAAUAACAAUAAUAAUAAUGACAUAUCUUCAUUGAUACCCUCACAACAAGACAAAAUUUCAUUGUUGUUCACUGACAUUAAUGCCGGAACGGGGCUUGUGGACGGCACCAGUUGCUCUGUACUGAUUGAUGAAAAUAUCCAAAAACCGAAGCAAUCUGCUGGUAAUCAUGUUCUAAGGCGGCAGGAACGCCUACCAGCUAAAAAUCGUUUUUCGGCUGGCGACGCCGACAAGCUCGAAAAGGGGUUAAAAAAUCUUCCAUCAUCACGAUCGCUCGGAGGUAGCUGAGAACAGUUAUCGUCCGAAAUGAGUAUAUUAGUUGAUGAUCAAUUAAUUAUUCUUAAUUAGAUGAAUAUUUAGUGAAAAUUCUAUUUUUAAACAAUAAAAUGUAGAAAUGUGUGUAUUUUUUAUAGA